AUGAAGUGUGGGUUAAACUCGACCAGUAUCCUUCCAUCCACAGAGUUGGAGAGUUGGCUGUUCCUGCAGCUACGAAUUUGUCACAGAAGUACAACCAUUUUGUUUGUCAAGGAUAUGAACCAGAGGGGUUAUGCAGUGUUUGGAUACCUGCUUGUGGUUCCAAUUGAUGAGAUCUCGCAGGCAUUCAAGCAAGGUGACGCAGAAAAGAAAGAAGAUGCAACUGUACAUAAAGAUUCAGAUUCAUCAGACUCUGAUUAA